UUGAUAGAAUGGUGUUCAGUUUAAAUCGUUAAAGCUAUCAAGUUAAGAACUUGACAAAUUUGUGUGAGUUGGACCAUGCAAUGAUGCAUUUUUAGAGCAUGAUAUACCAUGUAAUCGGUGCGCAAUGACGAAGUGUAUUGGAAUUUGCAGAGAAUGUGACAGAAGAAUGCUCUGUACACGACAACCACUGGCGUCCGUAUGCAUACACAGCUCACUAUAACUUGCUAGUGGGACGAUGUUCAUUAUACUCCUGAGCUGACCAGACAUUAUUCAGAGAAGAAAUUGAAAGAAAUUACUCAAACAUGAGCUUAACUGGCCUAAUUAGCCGACUUUUAGGGAAGGAAGAAAGAAAGGAGGAUGAGCAUUGUGAAGAAGCAGCGAAAGUGGAAUCAAUGUGGAUAUACCCUGUCAAAUCAUGCCGUGGAAUUUCCGUUUCUGAAGCACCCAUCUAUUCUACUGGAUUCCGGUGGGAUCGUCUAUGGAUGGUGGUGAAUUCAAGAGGCAGAGCGUGCACGCAAAGAGUUGAGUCAAGUCUUGCCCUAGUUGAAGUGGAGCUGCCGCGCGACGCCUUCUGCGAGGGUUGGGAGCCCAAAAACGGCUCGUUUUUAGAAAUUAGGGCUACUGGAAUGGAUGCUCUCAAGGUCCCAUUGAUUGAACCUUCCACUGUAUCUGAUGGUAUCUCUGUGUGGGGCUGGUCUGGCUCUGCUUUGGAUGAGGGAGAUGAAGCAGCAGAGUGGUUCACCAAGUAUCUUGGGAAACCUAGCCGGCUAGUGCGCUUUCAUGAAGCAUCUCAGACUAGGGCUGUGGACCCCAAGUAUGCCGCUGGCCACAAGAUUAAGUUUAAUGAUGCCUUUCCAAUUCAUCUUGCAUCCCAGAAAUCACUGGAUGUUUUAAACGAGCAGCUGAAGGAGCCUGUUUCUAUGAAUCGCUUUAGACCCAACAUUGUUGUUGAUGGAUGUGAACCGUAUGCUGAAGAUUUUUGGAAAGAGAUCAAGAUAAACGGAUUAACAUUUAGUAGUGGACGACUAUGUUUCCGCUGUAAGAUACCUAAAGUUAAUCAAGAAACAGCAGAAGUAGGCGCUGAGCCAACUGAAACUCUUACAAAAUUCCGCUCAAGUGAGAACUUGCAUCCCGGUAAAAGACCACAUGGAAGGGUGUACUUCGGACAAACUUUCGUUUGUAAUGAUUGGGAUGCUCGAGGAAAACCAAAAACCGUUAAGGUGGGAGAUCCAGUUUAUGUCCUCAAGAUGGUCUCUUCCUAUGUUGAUGUUGCAGUUUGAACUCCAAUCUCUUUCCCUGUUGAUGAAAUGGAACCAUUUCCCAUGGCUUAAGAUUUACCAUAAACUUUUUACCCGUUUCACUGUUGCUACUCUUCCAUUUUGUACUUGUAUUAACUGAUGUAGAAAAAAUAAAAUUGUAGUUGUGUGGUAUUGCCCUGUUUGGUAAGAGUUUAUUGCUUCAAUAUGAUUGUGAAAUU